AACAUCACAAACUCAAACCAUUUCUCAGUAUCUCUCUCUCUCUCUCUCUCUCUGCAAUCUCUUCCUUGAUCCUUCUAGAAUUUUCCUCUCUUUACCCUUUUUUCUCGGAAACUUUUCUAACUCAUCAAAAUCCUCUUCCGAUCUCACAAAUUCGCGAUUCUGCAUCCGAUUCAGAAGUUCGAAAAACCACUACGAUUAGAGAGUGGUUGAAGAUUUUGGAAGAGAAAUAGAGCUGUAUGAACUGGUUCGGGAAGCUGAAUUUAUCAACAAAUUUGAAUUUCAAUCACUUUGUUACGUGUUUGUUGGUUUUUUUCAUCCAUUUUUCUCCUCAAUCAAUAUGGAGUCAGGAAAUAAGAGUAACGCCAAAUUAACCAGAGCACUUUGCUAUGGCAAUGUUAGCAGUGUGCAGGAGAGGUCACCAUCUGUUAUUGUCAUUGGUGGUGGCAUGGCUGGGAUUGCUGCUGCACGUGCACUUCAAGAUGCUUCCUUUCAGGUUGUUCUCUUAGAGUCUAGGGAAAGACUUGGUGGCCGAAUUCACACUGAUUACUCGUUUGGCUUUCCUGUUGACCUGGGAGCAUCAUGGUUGCAUGGAGUUUGCAAGGAGAAUCCACUUGCUUCCGUGAUCGGGAGGCUGGGGUUACCCCUUUACCGUACCAGUGGGGAUAAUUCUGUGCUAUAUGACCAUGAUUUGGAAAGCUAUGCACUUUAUGAUAUGGAUGGGAAUCAAGUUCCCCAGGAAUUGGUAACAAAAGUUGGUGAAGUAUUCGAAACUAUUUUACUGGAGACGAAUAAAGUAAGAAGUGAAUUCAAUGAAGACAUGUCCAUACAUCGUGGUCUUUCAAUUGUUUUUGAAAGGAAUCCAGAAUUAAGGUUGGAGGGGCUUGCCCAUAAGGUACUUCAGUGGUAUUUAUGCAGAAUGGAGGGCUGGUUUGCUGCUGAUUCUGAUACAAUUUCACUGAAUGGUUGGGACCAGGAAGUACUUCUCCCUGGUGGUCACGGUCUUAUGGUCAGGGGCUACUUGCCUGUUAUAAAUACCCUAGCCAAGGGUCUUGAUAUUCGUCUAGGACACAGGGUCACAAAAGUUGUUCGGAGAUAUAAUGGAGUAAAAGUGACCGUGGAAAGUGGUAAAACAUUUAUUGCUGAUGCGGCUAUUGUUGCUGUCCCUCUUGGUGUACUUAAAGCAAAGAGGAUAUCAUUUGAACCAAAGCUCCCAGACUGGAAGGAAGCUGCCAUCGCUGAACUUGGGGUUGGACUUGAGAACAAAAUUAUUCUACAUUUUGAGAAUGUAUUUUGGCCUAAUGUAGAGUUCUUAGGAGUAGUUGCAGAUACAUCUUAUGGAUGUAGCUACUUCCUUAAUCUCCACAAGGCUGCACGUCACCCUGUCCUUGUUUACAUGCCUUCUGGGCGGCUUGCCAAAGACAUUGAAAAAAUGUCUGAUGAAGCAGCUGCUGACUUUGCUUUUGUACAGCUCAAGAAGAUCCUUCCUGAUGCUUCCUCACCGAUUCAGUACCUUGUAUCUCGGUGGGGCUCGGAUAUAAAUUCACUGGGAUCAUAUAGCUAUGAUCAAGUAGGGAAACCACAUGAACUGUACGAGAGGCUACGAGUCCCAGUAGAUAACCUGUUCUUCGCAGGGGAAGCAACAAGUAUGAGCUAUCCAGGAUCUGUCCAUGGUGCCUUCUCCACCGGAAUGAUGGCAGCUGAAGAUUGCAGGAUGCGUGUGCUGGAGCGAUAUGGAGAGCUGGAUUUGUUUCAGCCGGUGAUGGGAGAGAUGGCUUCCUUGACCAUCCCACUUCAGAUAUCUCGUAUGUAAUCAUCAUCUCAUCUUUCGUCACCACUCCUAAUGGAUAGAAUCCGAUGUUUUUUCUGAAGUAGGAUUUGCCAUGGCUUCUGCACACUAUUGAUCGACUAAUUGCAACUAUUUAGGCAUUAGUCUCUUAAGUAUAUGUCUGUUAUGCAGUCAUACAUUGUGUUGUAUGUCCCUAGUUAAUGUUGUGAAGAACUGGUGAUACAUGAAUAUUUUGCAGAGGUUGUGCACCUCUAUAGUUUGGUUAAGUUUGUCUGUAAAUGGAAGAUGUGCAUUAAGGUUUGAAGAUUCCUAUGUACAUCCACCUAUAUAUUUUCAUAAUAAAGAUGCCUUGUACAUUUCUCUAGUCUUUUAUAAA